AUGAAAGAGAAAAAAGUUCGCAUAGACUGGACGUCAGGUUGGGCUCCUAAUUACCGACAUGACGAUAUCAGUCAAAGUUCUUUUAUAUGUGAUUUCUGUAUUGAGCCAACGGAUGUGAAAGACAUAUUCAAGAUAAGGGGUUGCAACCAUUUUUACUGUCGUGAAUGCGUUGUUAAAUUCAUAGUGUCCAAGCUCCAAGACAAAGUCACAAACAUUAAGUGCCCCGUACCAGGCUGCAUGGGCAUGCUAGACCUUGAGUACUGUCGGAAAAUUCUGCCAAACAGCGUCUUUGAUCGGUGGCGCAAUGCCGUGUAUAGGAAAAUGAUUAUGGAAUCUAAGACUCACAAGUACUUCUACUGCCCCUUCAAGGAUUGCUCAGCCAUGUUAAUAUAUAAGAAUGACAUGAAACCGAGUUGGUGGCUGUGUUCUCGUUGCAAAGGAGAGAUCUGCGCUAGUUGUAAGGUUCCUUUGUUGGAGUAUGAGUAUGAGUUUGACAUAUUGAACCGAGAGCAAUUGUGUUUUGCUAAAGAGGAGAAGGCUAAUAGUUCCAAGGCUGCAAUGGCUUCUUCUUCUGCAUCGAGUUCUGCAGGAUAUGGUUGCGCCGAGUUUCAAAAACUAAGCAAUACCAAGGGUGGUCGUGAAUCUGGUGAUGAGGAUAAGAAGGUGGACGAGCUCGCCAUGAAAAACGAGUGGAGGAGGUGUCCAGGUUGCAAAUACUAUGUUGAAAAAUCUGGGGGGUGCGACGUCAUAAACUGCUGGUCAGAUACUUCUGCAUCUUACUAUUUUUCUUGA